AUGCUGCGGGGAGCCGCUCAGCGUGCAAGAGACGCCUUUGCGCUGCGGCUGCCGGGAUCCCAGCACCCCAACCCAGCGCUGCAUUUGUCACCCCUACGGCCAGAAUUGGCAACCAGAAGCCUUCGACCUCACUCCCACUGCACAACUGAUAGAACGUCAAGAGAGGAAAAYAAAGCAAUUAUUGAGAGUCUCUACGGAUUGUCAGUUGAUAUUAAGAAAAUACGCAGACUAAAGGAAUGGGUCCUUUUCCAGGAUGUGGCCUAUGUUAAAGAAACUGCUACCAUCCUGCAAGAAAUGGGAGCGGAUGAGGCUACCGUAGCCAGUAUUUUGGAGYGCUGGCCAGAGGCAAUUCUCCGAAGCCCUGCAGAGAUAGGCUCUCAGAGAGAGCUGUGGCAAUUAGUGUGCCAGGAUGAAAAACAACUCAUUAAAUUAAUAGAGCAAUUCCCAGAGUCUUUUUUUACUAUUGAGUUUCACGAGAAUCAGAAAGCAAAUAUUCUGUUUUUUCAAGAGUUGGGACUGAGGAAUAAUAUAAUCACAAGGUUCUUGACAAGUGCACCCAAUAUUUUUUACAAUCCCGUUGAGAAAAACAAACAUACAAUAAAGACUUUACAGAGAAGUUACCUGAGUUUAGGAGGUUCCGAUGCAAAUAUGAAGAUUUGGAUACUGAAGCUAUUGAGCCAAAAUCCGUUUAUUUUAUUAAAUACUUCCACUGCAGUCCAGGAGAACUUGGAAUUUCUCCAGAAGAAUGAUUUCACUAACCAUGAAGUUCUGCAGUUGCUGUCCAAACUUAAAGGCUUUAUUUUUCAGCUUACUCCUGCUAGCAUGCAGAAGAGUCUGCUUUUCUCCAAAAAUGUCUUUAAGUGCAGUGAUCAGGAAUUAAAACACCUAGUGCUCCGAUGCCCAGCCCUUCUCUACUACUCCGUUCCCAUUCUGGAAGAAAGACUCCAGGCACUGUUGAAGGAAGGAAUUUCAAUAGAGCAGAUCCAAGAGACGCCAAUGGUGCUCGAGCUGACAACACAGAUUGUUCAGUACAGAAUUAAAAAACUCUCUGCUUUGGGCUAUAAUGUAAGGAGUGGAACUCUAGAGACUUUGAAUGGUACUAAGAAAGAUUUUGAAGUCAGUUAUGGUAAGAUACAGUCAAAGAAGGAGAGACCAAUGUUCAAUCCUGUUGCUCCUAUAAAAGCUGAAGACUAAUUUGAAGGCUGUGCUUGAAAAAAUGACCAAGGAGAAAAUAGAACUCAAUUCUUUUAGAAGAUCUUAAUCAAUUCCUUAAGCAAACUUGUUACACCACACUUGUUCUCAAAAGGGGUUUUAUGCAUAAGUUGGUUAUAAAAAUAUAGCUAAAAGUAGAACUUUCUGGCACUUUCCAAUACUGCCUUAGAACCUGACUGUAAUGAAAACUGACUUGCUGUAAUGAAAACUGACUUGCUGUGGUUUACAUAAAGACUUAUCCCCUUCCCCUUGCUCCCCCCGGGAUCACCUCACACGUGGGUAUUUGGUUCUUUUGCACUUUGUUGUUCACCUGGCUACUUGUUUUUUGGAUGUUCAGC